AUGAUAUUUAUAUUGAUUGCAGAUUUACUUGAACUUAGUUGUUUAGAGAAACAACAAUGCAACCAGUUCGAACACAGUGGCAUCAAGGCAGAUUGCCUUGAGGGACAUUGCCAUUGCAUUAACGGGCAAAGAGAACGCGUUGACUGUAAACCGGCGGACCGCAAACUAGGCAAUAUUAUUGGCAGCCCAUGUCCAUGUAAAAUGGAUUUUUCUGAAUGUGAUACCAAACAUGAUACUUGUUAUUGUGCCGCCGGCUAUAUGCCCAGCAUGGAUAAGAGACGCUGUAUAAAAAAAAAAGCUAUGCUUGGGGAAAGAUGUGAACUCGAUUCGCAAUGUCAAAGGGGUGAUUACAAUGCCAUUUGCCACAAAGAAUCCGAAACGUGCAUGUGUAUGGAUUUAUUUAUCCAUGAUGCUGGGAAAUGUGUUUCCAUUGUUGGUCCAAAAUUUGAAUGCCACAACGAUACCGAAUGUUUAAAAACCUUUUUGGAUAAUGUUCGUUGUAAUGAGCGCACCCACAAUUGUACAUGUGUUGAGGGCUAUAUUGCCUCGUCGGACAAUACACGUUGUCAACGGAUUUCCGAAUAUUUGGAAGAAUGUAGCGGCAAUCAACAAUGUAUCGCGUCAAUGGGUUUAGGUGGUCGCUGUCUGGACGGUUCAUGCCAGUGUGAUGAAAAAUAUUAUGCCGAAGAAAAGAAAUAUACCGAUACGGGUGUUAAACACACCGUUUGUACACCAAUUGUGGAAAGAGGACAAUAUUGUCGUUUCUCCGAAGAUUGUUAUCAGCGACAGCUAAGCAAUGAAUCUCAACAAUCAAUGGAUUGUGUUUAUGGUGAAUGCAACUGUAAGGUGGGAUUUUUCGUUUUAAACGAAGGUGAAUGUAUGCCUGGUGCAGCAAUGCGAGUCCGAACUCCAUGGUUUGUGUACUGA